AGAAACCCGUGACCCCCAUUUUCGUGACGUAACAUACAGAAACGCCAUUUUUCAGAUAGAAGAGGAGAGCUACUGUUAUUUUUACGAUGAUUUCAUAAUUAAUUAUAGCAGUAUAAGCAAAAGAUCACAAGAUUAUUGAAUACUUUUAAGAUACAUUGUCACCACAGUAAUGGCGGAUUCGGGAGGCCGUAACUUUUCGUUCAAGUGCGUGCUUCUGGGAGAAGGAUGUGUGGGGAAAACUUCAUUGGUCCUGCGAUAUGUCGAAAACAAAUUUAAUGAUAAACACAUUACUACGUUACAGGCAUCUUUCCUGACAAAGAAACUGAACAUAAAUGGAAAGAGGGUCAAUCUAUCGAUAUGGGACACCGCUGGACAGGAGAGGUUCCAUGCCCUUGGUCCUAUUUACUACAGAGACAGUAAUGGUGCAAUACUGGUGUAUGAUAUCACAGAUGAGGACUCGUUCCAGAAGGUUAAGAACUGGGUGAAGGAGCUGAGGAAAAUGUUAGGAAAUGAUAUCUGUCUCUGCAUAGCAGGAAAUAAAAUAGAUUUAGAAAAAGAACGACAUGUGUCGGUCGCAGAAGCCGAAGCCUAUGCCACUUCCGUUGGUGCUAGGCAUUUUCAUACAUCUGCAAAACUUGGCAAAGGCAUUGAAGAAAUGUUUCUAGAUUUAAGUAAAGGCAUGAUACAAAAAGCAGGGGAAGAUGGUAACCGGAGUCAGAAAGACAGUUCAAACCGGAAAAGUGUUGUCGUUGUUGAUGACGAGGUUCCAACGCAGCAGAAGUCAGGAUGUUGUUGACGAUGUUGCCAUAGUGAUGCUACUAAUUGUUUUGGGAAGCACACAAGUUAUUUUUCUCACAUAAAUCAUAAUUGUAAUUAUAGUUUUAAAUGCAUUAGUGAUGCUGUGUUUGUGAAACAUGGCAAUUAGCAACACAGAUAUUUUGGGAUAUUUUUUUGUGUUGUGUUUGUAUCAAAUCAUGUCACGGAACAUGGAAUGGCAGUAAGGCACAUUUUGAUGUACAUGAUCAUGGCAUUAAUUCAGCAGAUGAGAUGCAUAAUAUGUACCCAGCAAUUAUGACAAUAUGCAUCUCAAUUUGUUUUGAUCUUGAAAAAUAAAAGAAUGACUUGUCUCGUGUUAUGGUGCAGUAACACCCCGUCCCCAGCCUGUGUGUUGUGUAUCGUGGGAUCACCAUCAGACACUAAAGACUUACAGAGCAUGAAAAUCAACUCAUUGUCUGGGAAGGAAAUUUUUCUCUUAGAAACUGCUAGACUUUUUUGUUAGUGCUCAUUUGUUAACGUACUGAAAAUUCAUUUGUGAACAUGCAUCGGUAUGCAAUUUUUGCAUGUUUGUUAAUAUACAAGAAUAUUUUGAAAAAUUAUCUGAUACAGGUGUAUAUUUUUUGUCAUUGAUGCGAGUCAUGAACUGUGUGCACAUGGGUGGUGUUCUGUAAGUUGUAAUGCAUUGUUUUUAUUUUGAAUACAAGUGUCAAAUUAUUGAUGUAAAUUCAUUUUAAGAUUUUAUGCCUAAGUAAAAUUGAAAGUCAAUAUUGGUGUCAAGCCUCAAGUCAAAACUGUGAUUUUUUUUUCUUCAGGUGAUUUAUAUGUUAAACGUUGUCAUAGUCCAGUGAAAUUAUUACUUUGUACAACUUUCUCUUUUUGAAAUUCGAAAAGUAUUUUGUGAAUUGUAAUGACCUACAGUGUACAUGUAGUGAAAAUAAUGUUUUAUUUUGUAAUGGUGCAAGUCUGUGCUAAUGAUGAGUGUGGAAAUUUCUAUCCACAGCUGAUCACAUCUUUAUUUCAUGUUUGCUAUAAGAGCUUGUAAAGAUCAAAGUUACCAUUCAAGACUUAUAUUGUAAAGUGUAUGUAUCUGACCUUUUCCAAAGAUUGUAUGUCAUCAGAUAUUGAAGAUGGUCAUCUUUUGUAGCUUUAGAAUGAAUCAACGUAUUGAAUAUUUCGACAGUUAGUUAUUAACUGGUAAAGUGCUGUGUAAUGAUCUUCCCCGGCCUUUAAUAUCAUAUGAUGUUGAUACUGUUACAUGUAUAUGUUUUGGACAUCAUAGACUCUCAGAAUAUUCGCUGAACAUGUAUCUUUCUUUAGAAAUUGUGAAUAUCUUGCAAAUUGUCCUGAAAAAUCAUGAACGUGAAAUAGAAAAAGUGUAAAGUAGUCUGUUCCUCGAAUUCCAAAGGUACCCCCCCCCCCCCCCCCCCCCCCACCACCACCACCACCACACUCCCAUCUCCCCACUCUCCAUGUUUUAAUGGCAUACUAGAUUAUUUGUGAGAAUAUAAUGGAACUAGUCCACAGAAUGUGCUAAAUGUGGAUGAUUGAUUGAUUUUUUUGUUUUAAUCUCGUAUGGAAGGUACAUGGUUUAUGGAAAGAAUAAUUGAUACUAGCAUGAAUGAAAUGUAAAGUUGACAGAACAUAAUAGACUGAUGGAUAUGUAAAGAUUUCCAGGAGUAGUGCUACCUCCCCUCCUCUUUGUGAUGGGACGUCCAGAAUAUUUUGAAAUGUACAAAUGCGUCAAAGUGAUUUAUUGUAAUCGUGCAGUGUAGAAUUUACGAUAAUCUGAGUGUGAAGUGUGUACUGCAGAAAGAAUUAGUACAAGGUAUGGUCUUAUGCAGUUGUAGUACUUUCACAGUUUUAUUUAUGUCAGUGUAAAAACAAAAAUUUGGCCAAGGUAUGUUAUUAAUGUUAAUCAGGUUUUGAACAAAACUACACUGUAAACAUUCUUGUUAUGCUAAUUUAUAUAUAUAUUUUUUCAAAUGUAAGUUUUAAAACAUUGUCAAAAGAAUUCUUUUGUGGAAAUGCCAUGUUUAAAUUCAUUAAUAUACAUUUUUAAUGAUGACAACGCAGUUUGGUCCAUUACUAACACAAAAUGAAGCAGCAGUACUCAGUACACAGAGUUUUAUGGUAAAUUCUCUCUCCUAUUUUUGAGGAUAUUGCAUCAUAAAGUUUACGAUUUCAUUGCUUUUCUUGGAUGAGUGAACUCUGUGAUAAGUUGUUAUUCCAUGUGAAGAUAUUGAAUAAAAAUGGAAUAUUU